GUCUGCGUGCGCAAGUAUUUUCCAGAUAAGCCCUUGCGCGGGGGAGUCGAGUGCCCUUUGAUUCAGUGAGACCUAGAAAGAAAACAAAAUGAAUAACAUCCCUUUGUUUACUCUCCGGAAUUUGUUGAACACCUAGAAGGACCAGGUCUCCUGCUUCUUGUUCAGCCUUCCACAGACUUCACCAUCUCCCCAAGAAAACGCUUCUGGGCCAUUAUGCUGCCAUACCUUAUCGAUUGAUUUGGAAUGUGACUCAUGGAUCCCUUCAGUAAAACUUGAAUCAUCUCUCUCCUCCACAGAACUGGGAUGCUAAUGGUCUUUGGAGAAAGAGAAUGAAGAGAGAUAAUGGAACCUUUGAACAGAAAUUUUCUACUUCAGUAUAGAAAAGCUUUUUUUACUGAUAUCCCAAUGAGAUCAGUUUCCAAAAUUUUUCUUUAGACGAAUUUUUGAUUUUACUUACCUAAAAAUGUCCGAAGAUAGCACAAACGGGACUUUAUUUGAUGGCUGCAAUGCCACUCCAGAAAAUGUUACUGUGAAUACAUACACAGCUUUUCAAACAACUUUAAUAGCGACUGUAACAACACUUCUGAGUUUAGUGACAAUCAUUGGUAAUGUAUUAGUUAUGGUUUCUUUCAACAUGGAUAAAAGGCUCCAAACUGUUAAUAACUAUUUCUUAUUAAGUUUGGCAGUGGCGGAUUUUAUGAUUGGUUUAUUUUCCAUGCCUCUUUUCACCACAUAUACACUGAUGGAAGGAUGGACCUUAGGACCAGUCGUUUGCGAUCUUUGGCUUGCACUGGAUUACUUAUGUAGCAACGCUUCUGUUCUUAACUUGCUUAUGAUCAGUUUCGAUCGUUAUUUUUCCAUUACGAAUCCUUUCUUAUACAGAGCAAAACGUAACAGUCGCAUGGCAGCAAUAAUGAUAGCCUGUGCUUGGGUUAUAUCUUUCUUGACUUGGCCACCUUGGAUUCUUGCUUGGCCUUACAUAGAAGGCAAAAGAUCUGUUCCAGACAAUAAAUGCUAUAUUCAGUUCCUUGAGACCAAUUCAUACAUUACUGUUAUAACCGCUUUAAUCGCUUUUUAUGUGCCCGUCAUCGUAAUGUGCGUACUUUAUUAUAAGAUAUGGAGAGCAACAGAAAUACGAAAGCAGUUCAUCUCUGAUAUGAAUUCCGAAAAUGAACAGUCUAGACCGUCUAAGGAAAGCUAUACAGGUGCUCCUGCUGCAGAAGACCAGACUUGCAAACACCAAGUCAAAAGAUUUCUUAUUACUUUAUGCAAUGUGGAUUGCGACGAUAUUGCUGAAGAUGAGAACCUGAGUCCUGGAGUAAAUACACCAAGUUCAGCAGAAACGCCAAUCCAGUCUUCCAGAACAACUUCGGUGUCUCUUCGCCCUGAUCAAAUUGCGUAUCUUGAUUCUUUAGUUAAUAAAGAAAGAGAAACCAAAAAUCAGUCUGAUUCAAUUUAUACCGUUUUGAUUCGAUUACCUGAACAAACCAAUUCUGAAACUGAACUUCAACCGUCUGUUACUAUGAUACCUGGUGAAAUUCCAAAGUUUCCAGCUCCGAUGAGACCUUCAUUGAGCACGAGUGCUCUUAUGGCUCAUUCUGUGACAAAUUCUUCUAUUGCUCGAUGUAGUUCUACUGAAGUUCUCAAUGCCACUCAUCUCGCUGCAACAGCUGGAAGGCAAGUCAGACUACCAAGACCUAAUCUGAAGAAAAAAAACAAUAAGGCUCCUGAUCCUAAAAAGAACGAUCGAAAGGCUGCGCGAACUCUGAGCGCCAUUUUGGCUGCUUUUAUAGUCACAUGGACUCCAUAUAACGUCCUUGUUCUUGUGAAAAGCGUGGAGACUUUUGUAAGCUGCAACGAUAUCAUACCUCAAGGACUAUGGGAUUUCUCUUAUUACCUUUGCUACAUUAACAGUAUGGUAAAUCCUAUAUGCUAUGCUCUCGCCAAUGUUAACUUCAGGAAAACUUAUUGGAGAAUACUAACUUGCACUUGGAAGAAGCAAUCAAAGUUAAGUAUUAUUCGUGGUCUUCAUAAAAGGGCAUCCUGACAUAAGGUUGACAGAAGGGUCAUGAAGCAUUCAGCAAAUACGAAGAACAAAGUACAGUCGAACCCGGUAUCAUAUCCAAAGGAGAUGGUAACAUACCGUUUGGCUAAGGAUCCACCAAAGAAAGAAAAUGAUGUAACUGAUAUGGAAUGUUAAGUUCUUCACAUGCGUGAUGGUCAGUUUGGCCCUUUUGAGAAUUUUCAAAGCUAAAUUGGCUGCAAACUGAUUGUGAAGUCAUGCACUCAAAUGUCAAUAGUUAAUAUGUAUCGAAUUUUACAAAAGACAUAAGUUUUACUUGUUAAUAUAGCUCAAUAAUUGCAUAAUUGCAAUAUCAUCUCAUUAUGAAAACGGACAGAAACAUAAAUUAACAAAUAAAGAUUUUUUUUUCCAUUGAUUUAACAGGUUCAGUUAAUAUAUUACUUUUUCUUUAUCUUAAAUUUAGAUUAUAUCUUGGAAAAUAAAAAUGUUAAUUACCUAGUGUACAUAUUUGCUAGUUUUUGUAUUAUGCUGAUUGAGAACUUAUUUCAUUGAUAGUUGAGUGUAACUAUAUGUAAGGAAGGUUUUUUAAAGUACGUUUAGUGUCUGUAUUUCUGUAAUAAAUCUGAGUCUAUUCCGUCUGGGUACUGAUCAUGUUAACCACGAAUAAUAAAAUAAUUGUCCAGCAAAUUAAGACAUAAAAAAUUAAAAAAAUUAAUUCAUUUUAGGGAUAAAAAACAAAUAUUUUUGUAACUUUUUAUUACUCAAAUUUAACUUUUAAAAGUUUUAGCAAAAGGAAAAAGAUGUUUCCAAAAGACUAUAAAACAUGACGUGCAUCUUUGUAUUUACUUAUUGAAUAUUCUUAACAUAAUAGAGAACACUUUUAUAAACAAAAAACAUGAUGUUUGUACACAAAUUCGUCAAAGAACAAAACUGAGAUAUAAAAUUUUUAAUGUUUCGAGGUUUUAAAAUUUUUUUGUUGUUUUUUAAGAAUAUAUAGUUAUAUGUGAAUUCUUUUAAAGCUGACAAAAUGUUAUCUGAAGUGAUUUUUCUUAUCCUGCUCUGUCAGGAUAAUGUUGAGCUUGAAGAAAAUAAAAUACCUUCACAAUUAUAAAACUCCAUCGUCACUCGGCAUUAAACGUUUUUGUAUUAGGUACGUUUAAGCUUAAAAUGUUACUAAAAUGAAACAUAACAUCGUUAAAGACAUUGUUUAAGAUAUAUAGAAAGAGAUAAAAUAAUCUGGUCAGUUUAUAAUAUAAUUCACGUCAAUUUCAAUAUUAAAGAUUUCAAAAACUAAGAAUAUAGAACUAAGAAUCAGUUAAAGAAAUCUAAAUGGUAACACAUUUAAGAAAAUUAUAAGAGUAAACAGAAAAUAUUUGGCAUAAAUUGAUAAUUUUUGCUUUUAAAAACAUUCACUUUUAAAUCAAAAAUAAUAUCAAAUUCAAAUAUGUAUCAAGCAGUAUCAAUUUUCAAAUUACGAUGAGUCCUAUAGCUUGAAUGUUUUCCCUAAAAUUACACUUUUUACUUGACUUUUUAGACAUUCCUUGAAGUGCCAUAUGAAAUUGUUAAAUGAACGAAUAAAAAAAUGGGAAAGAAAAUUAUAUACUGGAACUUUAUUAAAUUCGAAAUGAUUUAUUGUUGAUAUAUAUUAAUAAUUGUAUAAAAAGCAUUUUUUUUUUUUUUUAUUAUAAAGAAAUUGAGGUUUGUUUAGGAUUGCACUAUACAAUAUGAAUGGCAAAACCAUUAUGAAUUCUUACUUGCUCAGAUUUAAAAGAUACGUGUAUGUAUGUUUCAAUUAUUGUUAUGUACAUAUUUCAACAAUGUAACUUUAUAGUAUCGCACCAUCACUUUUUGAAUUGUGGUAAUUGUGUAUCUGGUUGUUCAAUGUUAUAUAUGAACUCACAAGAAAGAAAAGAAUUUGAAAUUCUUUUUGAAGUAUCAUACUUUAUUUAUGAGCUUUUUGUAUUUUGUAACGAAUAUGUCUCUUUAGUAUUUUCGUAAUCAUUAUUAUUUUCUAUUUUCUGGUCUCUGUCCAUUUAACAUUCCAUGCCCCAAAUGUAUGUCGAGAAGUUUUUAUUUUGUUAUAUAAUGUAUUUGGCAUGCCUUUAUUUAAAUAAAUGUUCUCUAAAUGUGUAGAUUAUUUAAAGAACAUGGUGCGUUUUUAUAUAUAUAUAUACUUCAUAUCGGACUCAGAAUCUUAAUUUAUCUAUGUAAAUACAAUGCGAUAAUCGUGUGCUUGUUUUUAAGGUGCUGGUUGUUUUGUAAACAUGUUCUCAGUUUCUUUUAGUAGAAGUAGUAUACGUGUUAUAUAAUCUGUUGUCUGUUUGGAAUAUUUAUAGUAUAUCAUCUACUGUUGUGUAUAAAAGUUUUAUAAUUUCAGUUAAAAUGCUGCCUAAAAUGUACAGUUAGACAGGAAUCAUGAGUGCUUCAAGAAAAAUAUCUAUUUCAGCGUUUUGAAAUGUGUACAAGCAAAAAAAAAAGGUAUCUGCUUACCUACAGAUUUCUGAUGGUGCUUUCUUAUUAUGAAGAACUAAAUUUAAUGAACUGUGCAAUAGUAAAUAUCAUAGAUAACAACAAAAUUUAGUAUUUGGCUACGCUGAUGUAGAAAUUGAUGGAAGCUACCACCGCAAUGAUGUACAGUCUAGAUUUUAGAUAGAAAGAAUAUCAAGAAUCUAAUAACUGGGCCGAUAUGUUAGGAAAGUCAAUCUGAAUGUUUUUUGUUUUUUCUAUUUGUAGUCCCGUAGAGGUCAAUUGAUGUUGAAAUCUGUUUGCUCAAAGGUCAGGUACCUAAUAUCCAUAAAAAAGCUCUUAGAUGUUAUGAUAAAAACUGCAUUUACAUAUGUGUUGACUGCUCACACUUUUGUAAUAUGCUACGAACAGUAGCGACAUUUCUGGUAUUUGUGACGUAAAUGUUCUGGUAUCAGUUUAAUUGAU